AUGCAAGCUAGAUUUGUGAUAGAUGUGGAUGAGAAAGCUCAAGUUCCCAUUAUUUCUUUUUCAGCCACAAGUCCCACACUCUUUACAACCCAAAGCCCUUUCUUUAUUCGAACAGCCCUAGAUGAUAACACUAUGGCAAAAGCCAUUGUGACCCUUGUUCAAGCAUAUGGAUGGCAUGAAAUAAUCCUUGUAUAUGAGGACACAGAAUAUGGAAGUGGUUUGAUUCCCUACCUAGCAGAUGAAUUUCAACAAUUUGACAUUCGGGUAUCUUUCAGGUUUUCCAUCUCCCCAAACUCAACGAGAUUGAGGAUUUUAAAAAUGCUAAUAGCUAAGCAGAUGAAAGUGACUUUGGUACAUAUGACUUCUUCCUUAGGGUUUGAUCUCUUUUUACUUGUAAAAGAAGUAGGCAUGAUUAGUGAAGGAUACACAUGGAUCAUCAUUGAUGGACUAUUGAGUUUGUUGGAUCCCAUUGGGAGCAAAGGUCCUCAAUUCAAUGAAAGGUGUGUCAGGUAUAAGUCAUACGUACUGCAGUCGAAGAGCCUUGAAAAAUUUAAAAGGAAAUGGAAAAGUGGGAUUCACUCUAAUUCUACCAAAUUAAACAUUUUUCAUUUUUGGGCAUAUGAUACUGUUUGGGUGCUAGCUAUGGCAGUUGAAAUGGUUAGACAUGAUCAGAGCUCCAAUGUUAUCGAACAAAAUUGUAGUAGAAAUGCAAGUCAAUUUCUUGAUAUAAGAGUCUCUAAAGUAGGGCGAAUGAUUAGAAAUAGGUCAUUACAUACCACAUUUAAAAGCCUAACUGGAGAUUUCAAUUUGAUUAAAGGGCUGUUACAGUCUUCAGCUUUUAAAAUCAUCAAUGUGGUAGAUAGCGAGCAAAGAGUUAUUGGCUAUUGGACCCUUGAGAAUGGAUUGAUUGGGCAACUACGCAAACUUGGAAAGGUAACAUAUUCAACUUCCAUGUAUAAACUUAAAUUGCCUAUCUGGCCAGGAAACACAAAAGUUAAACCCAAAGGUUGGUCAAUACUUGUUAAUGGUAAGAAGUUGAGGAUUGAAGUCCUCAUGAAACCUGGCUUUGAUGCAUAUAUCAAAGUGGAAUGUGAUCCUUACACCAACGAGUCCAUCGUAUCAAAGUUCUCUUAUGACGUCUUCCUUGAGGCAUUAGGGGUAUUAACAUUUACAGUUCCGCAUAAGGUGAUUCCUUUCACGAUCGAUUUCGGGCAAAGUGCAAGAAUGUAUAUUGAGCUUCUUAGCCAAGUCAACCUUCAGGUGCAUUAA